AUGGACGUUGUUACAUCACCGGAGGCACCGCUUUUCUUGAGGGCAAGCCUUCUGAGUGACUCACUCACUUUUCGCAUGGCCGCAGAGCAAACGAGGCAUUUGUGGCUCUGUGAUGCGAUACAGCAGCUGGUGGACAACCGAUGUUGCAGAGCCUUGAGCUUUGAUGCUUGUUGUCAGACAGAGGUGCAGCAACCGACAUGGCCUGCUCUCACCACUGUCUGCCCGAGACUCUGCCCUCUUCACGAACGGCGGGUGAAUCAAGGACAUGCGCCGAAAGAUGUUCUGCUUCGAAGAUGCUUGGCUGCACGGCUGGCACAUGCACCUCAGAUGUCAAUCCGCAGUAGGUUGGCAUUGAUUCUGCACCUUUUCUCAUAG